GUGUCGCAUGUGCGUGUGGUGCAUAAGGUAGGUGCUCUCGCGUAUAAGGACCCCGUCCGUAUGCAUUGCAAGACAGACAUACAUACAUACAUGUCCUUACGUAUCGAUGGACGACGGAUGAAUGGAUAAACAGGCCUGCCUGAUGGAUUAUACAUACAAAACGUCCCGUCCCUUCCCAUGUCCCGUUCCCCCCGGUCAAUCAGAUCACAACACCAAUACCGUCUUGACAGUGUCAUAGUAUAGCACAUCCCAUGCGCAUCGCAUAUAUCGAUCACAUCCUCAGCCAAUUGAUGUACACAUCUACGUAUGUAUGUGUGGGGACGUACGUGUGCAUCAGCCAGCAAUAGGCAGGCAGGCAAGCGCCGCCCUUUGGCGUGCUGCGUACAUUCAAUCAUGCAGGCAGGCAGGCAGCCACUUAUCCUAUGAAUCCAGAUGAAUACUGAAGACACGCAGGGGAGGGAGAGGGCCGAUCACUCACAAGACUACAAAACCUCUGUGUGUACAUAAAAGCGCAAGCAUCUCGUCGGCGCACACAAACGUCCCGCUCCCCGGUUCACGGGGUAGGUGGUGCCAGCACGGGCAGCGUGUCACUGAUGCCGACGUCAACGCCCUCGAUGUCGAUAGCCGGGCUGGGGACGCACUCGCCCGUGUGCUCGAACACCACCAGCUGGUACUCACACGGCCCCUCGACGCAGAAGGCCACGAUGUCAAGGCCGUAGCUGCCAUCGAUCUGAGAGGUGUCAACGAUGACCACGUCCUCGAACGUGUCCACCUCACCGUCUGAUUCAUUUUCUGACAGGACCUCCGUUCUGAGGCAACACAGCACGUACGAGCAGAGGGAAUGGUAUGCAUAAUCGGUUGGUUCUGCUGGUCCGCGCAUACAUACCCGGUGAAGUAGUCCGUCACACUCAGGUCGCUGUUGCCAACGCCCGUUGAAUCAAGGGCCACAACAAAGAAGUCCGCCACGUCAGCGCUAUCGAAAUAACUGCCCCACCGCCCAUCACGCAGCAGACACACACAUCCACAGGUACAGGUUGAGAUUCGAGUCAACCAACUCUCUCUGCCACACGUACGUACAAGCUAAAGAUCUCGCCAAAGCCCUCGUCCACCUGUCUGUCGCCGCUGAUGGUUCGUCUCCCGCCGGGACAGGGGACCUGCUCCGGCAGCGUGUCGUUCCCCUGGCGAGACGGCGUGCCGUCCACAUUGUCCUUCAGGUUUACUCUGUUUUUCUGGCUGUGCAGCAGGCCUUCGAGGUCAUUCAGCACUUUGCGCAGGUCGCGCAAGAGCUUCAGUUGGGUCGUCUCGCCGAACGCCCUUGUGCCCUUCAUCGUCAAAACGAAUCUCGGCUUGCCUUCCUCGGCAGCAUCGCCGGCCAUGAUCUGAGCCACCGGUGCGGCAGUCGCCGCAAGCAUCAGCAGGAUGCUUCCUGUGUGCAUGAUCAGUGCGG